ACUAACCAGCGGCAGCAGACAAGAGCAUACUAAAACAGAGCAACAGGAAAUCCUGGCAUGCAAGACAACUAAUAAACAUGAAAUACCUAACAAAAAUGCAAAACAGGAAUGAGCCACAGCCGUGGCUCAUAACACUAAUGUUAUCCCCGGAUUGUGACAUAAAAGAUAAUGACAGUAGACAGGAUUCUCCAGGAGAUAACCCCAUUACCCCAAUUAUACAUCCAGCUCUAUCAGCUGGUCCCCCUGAUCCUGGGAAAUGUUCUCCUGAUCACUCUGAUAUUGGUGUAUCUGUUACAGCUCUGACAGUAGAUACAGUGUUUCCGUGUUCUAUAGAUGCCAAAUGUUUUACACAGAACACAAAGCCUAUUAACCCACACACAGUUAAGGCAGGUGAAAGGCCACUGAUAUGUUCUGAGUGUGGGAAAUGUUUUACAUACAAAUCAGAUCUAGUUAUACAUCAGAGAAGUCACACAGGUGAGAAGGUAUUUCCAUGUUCUGAGUGUGGGAAAUGUUUUGCACGGAAAUCACGUCUUGUUAGACAUCAGAGAAGUCACACAGGUGAGAAGCCGUUUCCAUGUUCUGAGUGUGGGAAAUGUUUUACACAAAAAUCAGAUCUUGUUAUACAUCACAGAACUCACACAGGUGAGAGGCCAUUUCCAUGUUCUGAGUGUGGGAAAGGUUUUGCACACAAAUCACAACUUGCUACCCAUCAGCAAAGUCACACAGGUGAGAAGGCAUUUCCAUGUUCUGAGUGUGGGAAAUGUUUUGCACACAAAUCAGUUCUUGUUAAACAUCAUAGAAGUCACACAGGUGAGAAGCCAUUUCCAUGUUCUGAGUGUGGGAAAUGUUUUGCACUUAAAUCAUAUCUUGUUAAACAUCAUAGAAGUCACACAGGUGAGAAGCCAUUUUCUUGCUCUGAGUGCGGGAAAAGUUUUACCUGGAAAUCCAAACUUGUUGUACAUCAGAGAAGUCACACAGGUGAGAAGCCAUUUCCAUGUUCUGAGUGUGGGAAAUGUUGUGUAAGUAAAUCAGAACUUGUUACACAUCUGCGCAGUCACACAGGUGAGAAACCUUUUCCAUGUUCUGAGUGUGAGAAAUGUUUUGCAUUUAAAUCACAUCUUGUUAUACAUCAGAGAUGUCACACAGCUGAGAAGCCAUUUCCAUGUUCUGAGUGUGGGGAAUGUUUUGCACUUAAAUCAAAUCUUGUUACACAUCAGAGAAUACACACAGGUGAUCAGCCAUUUUCUUGCUCUGAGUGCGGGAAAAGUUUUACCUGGAAAUCCAAACUUGUUACCCAUCAGCAAAGUCACGCAGGUAAGAAGGCAUUUCCAUGUUCUGAGUGUGGGAAAGGUUUUGCACACAAAUCAGUUCUUGUUAAACAUCAUAGAAGUCACACAGGUGAGAAGCCAUUUCCAUGUUCUGAGUGUGGGAAAUGUUUUGCACUUAAAUCAUAUCUUGUUACACAUCAGCGAAGUCACACAGGUGAGAAGCCAUUUUCUUGCGCUGAGUGCGGGAAAUGUUUUACACAAAAAUCACAUCUUGUUAGACAUCACAGAAGUCACACAGGUGAGAAGCCAUUUCUAUAUUCUGAGAAAUAAAUCAUCUCUUGUUGCACACAAUAGACAUCACUCAGGUGAGGAACCAUUUUAAUCUUCUGGAGUAUACUCAUCAAUGCCAUGCGUUGUUCUUCAAGGUUCUUAUCCUAUCUCCUAUGCUUUUUGCAAUAUACAUGUUACCACUGGGUGAAAUAAUCAGAUGUUAUGCCCUCAUCUACCACUGCUAUGCAGAUGACCUGUCUUUGCUCUAGGUACUGAGAACCCAGUACCAAUCCUAAAUGGUUGUCUAGCUGAGCUCCAGGUGUGGGUGAUGCCAGUUGGCUGUGAUUCAGUCCUGGUGAAACAGGUCUUUAAGCUCACCACCAAAGGGCAGUGCUACAGUUCAGCUUUGCAAACCAACCAGACUUACACUUGGGGGUUCAGAGUUACAAAAUGCUGAUCAUGGCCCUCAUUCCGAGUCGUUCGCUCGUUAUUUUUCUUCGCAUCGCAGUGAAAAUCCGCUUAGUACGCAUGCGCAAUGUUCGCAAUGCGACUGCGCCAAGUAAUUUUGCUAUGAAGAAAGUAUUUUUACUCACGGCUUUUUCUUCGCUCCGGCGAUCGUAGUGUGAUAGACAGGAAAUGGGUGUUACUGGGCGGAAACACGGCGUUUUAUGGGCGUGCGGAUGAAACCGCUACCGUUUCCGGAAAAAACGCAGGAGUGGCCGGAGAAACGGGGGAGUGUCUGGGCGAACGCUGGGUGUGUUUAUGACGUCAAACCAGGAACGACAAGCACUGAACUGAUCGCACAGGCAGAGUAAGUGUGGAGCUACUGUAAAACUGCUAAGUAGUUUGUGAUCGCAAUAUUGCGAACACUUCGGAUGCAAGUUUAAGAUGCUAAGAUACACUCCCAGUAGGCGGCGGCUUAGCGUGAGCAACUCUGUUAAAUUCGCCUUGCGACCGAUCAACUCGGAAUGAGGGCCCAUGUGCGGAAUCUUGGUGUCCUGGAUAGUGGAGUGACACUUAGACAUCAGUAUCUGCCACUAUCAGAUCCUCAUCUGAGGAACAUAGCCAGACUCCAGCACUUUAUUCCCUCAGAAGAUCUACCUACAGUCAUACAUGCACUUGUAUCAUCACGCAUAGACUACUGCAAUGUCCUCUACCUGGGUCUCCCAGCAAAAGAAUUGCACCGCUUGUAGCUUGUACAGAAUGCAGCCAGGCUGUUACCUAACCAUCCCGUUCCUGCCACAUAACACCUAUUCUCUACUCCCUCCACCGGCUGCCUGUAAGAUGGUGACUCUAUUACAUAAUCUACUUACUGACUCUCCCAGCCCUACAUGACCAGGGUCCAUGGUAACAGAAGCAGCUUCUGCCUCCUUACUGCCCUGGUUACUUCCAUCUGCAGAUGAAGGACUGUUACCAGCAGUACCAAGAAUCCCCAAGAAGUUCUGAGAUGUCAGAGGUGGAGACAGGGUGGGUGGCACUAGUGCCGUAGUGGGGGCUGCCGGAGGCACUAUCUGUGGGUAAUAUUGUCCCCAAGCAGUGCUAAGGUGUCAGAGGGGAGACGGCAGUGGCAGU